AUGCAUGGCCCUUGUGGAGAGUUAAAUAAGAAGAAUGUUUGCAUGCAAAAUGGCGAGUGUAAAUAUCACUACCCUAGAGAGUUUUCUCCAAGAUCACUACAAGCGAAAGAUGCUUAUCCAGUUUAUAAAAGGAGCAAAAAUAACAGAACAAUGUUGGUUCGAAACAAAAUCCUUAAUAAUCAAUGGGUGGUACCUUAUAAUCCUUAUUUGUUGACACGUUAUAACUGUCACAUCAAUGUUGAAAUAUGCUCAGGCAUAAAAGCAGUUAAAUACCUUUAUAAGUACAUAUAUAAAGGUCAUGAUAGAGUGGCAGUAAACAUUGAGUACAAUGAAGGUGAAAAAGUUGUGAAUGAAAUCAAGAAUUUUCAAGAUGCAAGAUGGGUAUCAGCUCAGGAAGCUUUCUGGAGAAUAUAUGAAUUCCAUCUUAAUGAGAUAUUCCCGGCUGUCAUUAACUUACAACUUCACAUGCCAAAUCAUCAAUAUGUUUCAUAUUGGAAACAUCAAGACCUAUCGAAAUUUAUUCACUUGGAACAUGUCUCAAAGACGAUGCUUACAGAAUUUUUUACUAUGUGUAAAAAAAUUAAAGAAGGUAACAAGAAGAAACAUGAAAAGGACCAUGAAAAGGAGUUAUUAUAUGUGGAAUUUCCUGAAUGUUAUGUUUGGGAUUCAACUUCAAAAUCUUGGCGUCCAAGAAAACAGAGACAAGUGAUAGGUCGAAUAAAUGGGGCUAAUCCAAUUGCAGGAGAGAGAUAUUACUUACGACUAUUGCUUACUCACGUUAGGUGUCCGAAAUCAUUUGAAGAUCUACUGACGGUAAAUGGUAUUCAUUGCAAAUCUUUCAAGCAAUCAGCUCAAAAAUUAGGUCUUUUGGAAUCUGAUGAUAGCAUAAGAGAGUGCUUAGAUGAAGCCAUCAUCUUCCAAAUGCCAACAGCACUUCGACGUUUGUUUGCAACUAUAUUGGUUCAUUGUGAGCCUACGGAUGUUAAUCAUUUGUGGGAUAAAUAUAUUGAAUCAUUAUCUGAAGACUUCACAAGGAAACCAAAUGCUACUAGAGCUUCGGUGAUAAAUGAUACUCUUCUCAAUAUUAACUUCUACUUAGAGAGCAUGGGAAAGGAUAUUAAAAAUUUUGACUUGCCACCUUUACAAGCCAAAAACAUUACAGAGGAAAUUUCAUACCCAAGAGAAAUAAAAGAAGAGCUAGAUGUUCAAAUCUCAACUGAUGAUCUAAAUGCUGCAACAAAACUCAACUAUGAACAACAUACUGCAUACACUACAAUAGUAUCAAGAGUUGAAGGAAAUAAAAGUGGAGUUUUCUUUAUUGACGGUCCAGGAGGAACUGGGAAGACUGUAGGGUGA